GCAGGCCACAGUCGACGCUGAGAACCACCAGAAUAAUGGAGAAUUUGGUCACUGCUGCCAUCCUGGCUGCCUUCUGCUUGGCUGCCACCAGCGCUGCACCUUCCCCAGAUGCCGAGCCUGGUUACUUAGGAGGUUUCGGAGGCUUUGGAGGCUUUGGUGGCUACGGAGGCUAUGGAGGCUACGGUGGCUAUGGUGGUUAUUCUCCCUAUGGAUUUUAUCGGGGAAAAAGGAGCGCUGAUGCCAGCCCUAAGGCCGUUGCUAAGCCUGAAGCUGAUCCCGGUUUCUUAGGAGGUUUGGGCUACGGAGGCUACGGAGGUUUUGGAGGCUAUGGAGACUAUGGAGGCUAUGGAGGCUACGGUGGCUAUGGUGGUUAUUCUCCCUAUGGAUUUUAUCGGGGGAAAAGGAGCGCUGAUGCCAGCCCUAAGGCCGUCGCUAAGCCUGAAGCUGAUCCCGGUUUCUUAGGUGGUCUGGGCUACGGAGGCUACGGUGGUUUUGGAGGCUAUGGUGGCUAUGGUGGCUUUGGAGGCUUCAGGGGAGGAUAUGGAGGCUACGGAUACUACGGCUGAACAUCUGUAUAUAUCAACACUUAUUAAUGUAUUCUUACUAUCAAUCUCGAUUGAAACCUUAAAUAAAUAGAGCAAACAUA